AUGCCUUCAUCCGGCACCGGAGAGUCGGACACCACUGACCCCAUGCCCAUAGUAUCGGACAACAGAGUGUCAUCAGAGCACGAGGUGCAUACUUCGGACACCACCAGCACGGAUGAUGAUGAUUUCCAGCCAUUUGCGUUGCCCGACGUCGUUGCUGAGCACGCUGAUGGCCCUAUCGCCGGGGAUUUACCGCUCGCGGUGAUCCCUGCCCCUGUACCCCUUGCAGCGUACCCCAUUGUUGACAUGCCCCUUGACGUAGUCGUUGACGACGAUGUCGACCUGUUUGAUGAGGAUCCACUAGAGGAUGACUUUGAGGGCGAGGCCCACAUAGCUGCUAGUGAUCUCUUACUACUUGCGGAUGCCCCUGCAGAGGAGGCAGCCAUCCAUUCACCCGUCCCAGACUCCUUUGAGUCUGUGGCAUCUGCACCAUCACAUGCGCAGGGAGUGCAGCUCUAUUCGCAUGAUACAGACCCUGAUAGAGCAUCAUCCGCUGCACCUGCCCCUAGUUUUGCGAUCGAUCGCGACAUUGAUGAUGAUUCCGAUCCCGUUUUCCCACCUGGUUUUGAUCCAGACCAGGAGAUUGAGUUUAUUCACCUAGAUCAGCCCAUGGAGGACCCUGUUGACCCUGUUGAUCCCAUGUUCGCUGAUCCCGCUGAUUUUGAGAUGGAGUUUGACGAUCCGGAGCCUGCUGUAGCCCCCGAGCCAGAUGAUCAUGCUAUUGAUGCUCAUAUUGAUGCCCCUCACAAUGCUGACAUUCCUGCUGAUCCUGUUGUUGCCCCUUUUCCUGACCCAGUGCCUGUAGAGCCCGAUCAUGCACCCUUUGCAACCUAUAUUGACCCUCGAUAUGCGCACACCCGAAAUGGGUGGAUAGACGAUGAUGAUGACUACCCGCCUUUUGUGGUACCUGUUACACCUGCUUCAGCACCUGCUUCAGCCCCUAUUGAUGCACCCUUAUUUCCUGCACACGUCACUGAUGCGCAUCGCGCAGACCUGCCUAUCACAUUUCUCCAGGACAUACCUCCACCACGUCCUGGGGAGGGGUCAUCUCGUCAGCCUUUUGGCCAUGCACCUCUCAUGACUGGAGGAGAUCAGUUUGUACCUCCGAUUUCUCAUCACGCUGUUGUUCCCCAUGUUGCACCGUUUACUGAGCAGCAGAUAGCAUAUCUGUUGCGUUCUCAUCGAGCUAUGGAGGAGGAUUGGCUUCACAUGCGACGUUUGUUCUAUUCUCAUUUUCCCCCUCCUCCACCGCCAUCAGCUUAG